GUGUCAGUGUGGAGCAGGGGCGGACUGACCAUUGGGGAACUUGGGCACUGCCCGAGGGCCCGGGGUCAGUAGGGGGCCCCAUGAGAUGUCCCUGGUAAUUUUCAUAGGCUUAUUUGGGUGUGGUUUGAGUGGGGGAAGGACACAGGGGCCCCAUGAGCCCCUAUUGCCCGGGGGCCCCAUGAGUUGUCCGUCCGCCCCUGGUGUGGAGUCGGGAUAUUUUCUGCCUAUUGGAUCUCUAUAGCUUGAGGUCAACUUGGUUUGUAGGGGGCCCCAUGAGAUGCCCCUGGUACCUUUUUUAUAGGCUUUUUUGAGUUUAGGCAAGGACACAGGGGCCCCAUGAUCCCCUAUUGCCCGGGGGCCCCAU